AUGAAAGGGGAGUCGAGAAGGUUUAAUUUUGGAACAAUGUAGCCUCAAAAAACAAGACUCACAACACAUUCGGGAUUUUCUGAAGCUAUUUCGCGCACUGGGAGCACUAACGGAACUAACGGACAUUCAGAACUCCUCUCUGAGUUUCCACCUCUUCUUUAACACGUUUAUUUUGCCCAGUGUCAGUCGAAGUUUCUCUCUAUAAUAAUACGCUUCGUGGACUUAUUAUAGUCCUUAUUCUCGGGCUUUUGGAAUUGGUGAAUAAGCCGUGAACGCACCGAGUUGUGACCACAGAAUGCAUCAAAGGGACUCACUCAAGGUUCCAGAGAAUCUCGAGGUCGACUGAUGCAGCCAUGGGCCGAUCGCUGGAUCUUUGAGAGCAACUGUUGUCUCCUUCCUCCUCCACCGCGUCCUUUUCUUCUUUCCUCUCCUCCUCCCCUUCUUCUUUUGCACUACACAGCUUUAAGUUGAGCACUGCAGAAAACAGCCAUCAGCCUAUCAUACAAUCUCCUUCCCUUUAUCUGCAAACCAUGGCAAGAAUUCUCUCUCAGAUUUGUGGCCAAGCAAGAUGGCCUCUACCAGUGAUACUCUUGUAUUUUACCCCUCUGUUGCUGAUGGAUGGUUGGUGUCAUGCAGCUCCCUCUGGCCCAGAGUCAGACUCAUGUUCCACCUUGGUCCAGAACCGUUUCUUCGGUUUCUUCCUGUCAUCGUCAGUGUUCCCCAGCAUGCCUUGCUCCUGGACCCUGCAGAACCCUGAUCCAAGGCGCUACACAAUCUUCAUUAAGGUGACCAAACCUACAGAGGUCUGCGUGCCAUCACAGCUACGCACCUUCCAGUACGACUCAUUCCUAGAAACCACACGCACCUACCUGGGCAUGGAGAGCUUUGACGAGGUGGUAAAGCUUUGUGAUUCCUCUGCCCCAGUGGCCUUCCUGGAGGCUGGAAAGCAGUUCCUCCAAAUGAGGAAGGGACCUCUGAAGGUGGCCACAGCCAUUUCUACUGGUGAUGAGGAUUUCAAAACAGAAUACCUGGUAGUGGGCAAGCGCAACCCCAGCAUGGCAGCCUGUCAGAUGCUGUGCCAGUGGCUGGAGGACUGUCUGGCCUCCAGCACAUCUAACAGGCCCUGUGGCAUCAUGCAGACCCCAUGUUUGUGCUGGGAGCCACCACCACAGCUCAGUGAGGGGGAUAGCUGUUAUCACAAUGGAGUUUACCUGGAAAACUGUUUACCCAGCGUGAAAGAGAGUGGAAAAGAUGCUGAGAUAAAUGGUGGCUGGAGUGUGUGGGGUGUGUGGGCGCAGUGCAGCAGCGAGUGUGGCGGUGGGAUUCAAACCCGGACCAGGACCUGCCAGUCACCUCCGGAGGAGUCGUACCUGUGUGAGGGUGUGGUGGAGGAGGGCCGGCCGUGCAACUCGCGGGCCUGCACCGGCAAAGGUCGCCAUCUCUCUCGCAGCCAAUCGCUUCGCUCCGUGGACAGCCGCAAGCGUGAUGACGUAGACAAGCCCCGCAGUGGACAGCAGAGCCCUCAGACAGUACCUCGUCCGAAAUGGACUAAUUCCAACAUGGACCCUGACUGA